AUGUCCGAACUUAACCCCAACCUCUAUACCGUGGCAUGGAUCGCCCCUCUCGAGAUCGAAGUCCAAGCGGGACUACAUAUGUUCGACCACAUCCACCCCGGGAGGUUCCGCACCAGUCGAGGCGACGACUACCUCUUCUACGGGGGCGACAUAUGCGGACACAACGUCGUCCUGGUCACCCUGCCGGCGGGGCAGGAAUACGGCACGGGGUCGGCGGCCGCGCUGGCCAGCCAAGUGAAGAAGUUCUUCCCGUACCUCCGGUUCGGUCUGCUGGUCGGCGUUGCCGCGGGUCUCCCCAACCUCUCCCUUAGCCCGCCCCGCGAUAUCCGUCUCGGGGAUAUUUUGGUGGCGUUCCCCGAGGGUGAGAGUCCCGGGGUGGUGGCGUAUGAUUUGGGCAGGGAGACCGGCACGAGCGGCGGCCUCCAACUGCUGCGUGCCGGGCAUGUGCUAGAAUCCACGGAGCCCAUCGUGCGGGCGGCGAUCGAGGAGAUCAAGGCUGACCGGGCAAAUGAGGCGGAGAGGUUCCUCCCGUACUAUAGGAGCAUGAAGGAGAGGCGCCAUGCCGCCGGCACCUUUGCCGAUCCCGGCCAGGGGAAGGACAUGCUGUACGGGGCUGAUGAGAAGCCGAUUCAGCGGGAAUGGCGGCCGGAUUCCCGGCGGACCCGGGUGUGGUACGGACCCAUCGGCUCGGGCGACAAGCUGAUGCGGAGCAACCGGAGGCGGGAUGAGCUCAGGGAUAUGUACGGUCUUAUCGGCCUCGAGAUGGAGGCCGCCGGGACUAUGAACCGCAUCCGGGUCGGCGUUAUCCGGGGUGUGUGCGACUACGGAGACGAGCGCAAGAAUAAGGAAUGGCAGCCUUACGCCGCGGCGAUGGCUGCAGCGUACGCCAAGGCCAUCUUGCGCGAGAUACCCGUUGUUCAGAACAAGACUCUUGCGAUGGACGUGCCGAUUGAGCCUGGGCCUGCCCCUGCCCCACAAGAACCGGGGCAGUUUGUGUUCAACGGUCCGAUCUCUGGAACGAACGUUCAGAUUGGGUCGUCGAUCUCGGGGCCAACCACCUUUAACUUUGCCUAA